GCAUACCUUUGUUCCUCUUGUUUUCCGUGUUCCGAUUCUUCUCCGCAGCUUUUUGAAUUUUUUCCUUCAUCUUGUCAGCACGAUAAAAAAAAUAUGGGUGGGAAAGGAUCCAAGCCUGAUUUUAAGGAGUUGUCAAAAGGAUCCAAGUUCACAACGAAGGAACUGAAGGACUGGUUCACUAAGUUCAAGAAGGAUUUCCCAUCUGGAAAAAUCACCAGACAGGAGUUCACUGCUCUCUACAAGAAAAUGCUCCAAACUGAGGCUGGCGCCAGUGUUUCAGGAGAUGCAACAGAUUUUUGUGAUCAUGUUUUCAGACAGUACGACACUGACAAUAGUGGAACCAUCGACUUCCGUGAGUUUGUGACCACCAUCUCAGUGGCGGCCAGAGGAACUGCGAAUGAAAAACUGCUGUGGGCAUUCAACCUGUAUGACAUUGAUGGCAACCACUAUUUGUCUCCUAACGAAAUCACUGAGAUAUUAACUGCAAUCUACAAAGCCAAGAGUGUAUCCAACCCCGUUCCAAGCAUCAAGGAGACAGUUGACAUGAUUUAUGCACAAGCAGAUGACAACAAAGAUGGCCGCUUGUCUGAGGCUGAAUUUGUUACACAUGCCAUGUCAUGCGCCAGUCUGCGUGAAAUUCUCAACACUCUUUAAACAUCUGGUUAAGAUAUCCUGGGUGUUUAUAUGAUUCUAUAUACAAACAUUCUUAUACUACAUGAAUAUAAAGCUUUUGUUGUUUAUCAGUAUGUUUUCGACAGCUAUUGGGUUUUUUUUCAUUAGCUGUCAAUCAUUAUUUUUCAGUAUCAAAUUGCAAUUUUUGCAGCUUAUUUGUUAUAUUUUUAUUUAUUGUUCUCUUUUUUGUUUUAAUUAGUUUUUCAGUAGUUUAUUUGAUUUAUUUAAAGUUAAAAACUUUUGUUUACUAAUGUUGGUGUAGAUUUUUUUUAGUUUAAAAUUGUUUGCUAGUUUAUGGUGUUUUUUGUUUGAAAUUGUAGUCAUCCAGUCUCAAAUGUUUUAUAAAUUGUAUUGUGACUUUUUGAGAAAAUGUGCUUCAGCAUUGAUCAAGACUUUCUUACUGUUCUCAUAUAUACUUUUACAUCAUAUAUCAUUAAUUUUUUAAAAUACAUCAUAAAGUAUUAAUGCCAAUUUAUCAUUGACGUUUUAUUAAUUUCAUUGAGGUGUUAUUAGUCUUACGUUUAUUGAGUUGAAAAUUUUCUAAAUGGUUGUAUGUAUCAUAAAAUUGUUAGCAGGUUUUUUGAUUUGUUCAUUGGCUUCAUGUAACUUGAAAACGUUCAAUGUUUUCAUAUUUUAAUAGCGAUGUAUGUAGAUGAUUUGUUUUAAAGUCAACAGCAUGUCUAGACAGCAUAUUUAUGAUAUAUUUUCUCUUAGCUCUGAGCUUGAAAAUCCAUUAUCUUAUAUUUGGCGUACAAUUUUUGUACUCGAUGCUUAGCUUCCCAUUAUCAUUAUAUAAAUUUUCACAGUAUUAAAAACUUUCUUCAUAAAAUAAAUUUAAGAAACAUC